GCCCCGCACGGCCAGGCAAAGCGGAGCCGGCCGUGCGGUGUGUGUGUAUGUGUUCGCGGGGCGCCGUCUCAGCCCCGGGAAGAUGGUGGCGGCGGCGGCGGCGACUAAGGCGAGGCUGAGGAGCAGGACGGCAGCGACAGCGCUUGCGGGCAGGAACGGCGGGCAGCGCUGGGACUGGGACGCGACCGGGGCUGGGAGGCCGGGGCUGGGGGCCGGGCUGCGCCUGCCGCGGUUGCUGCUGCUUCUGCUGCUGCUGCUCUCGCCGCCGCUGCUGCUGCUGCCCUGGGCGGCCGAGGCCGCGGCAGCGGCGUCGGCGGUGUCGGGCUCAGCCGCAGCCGAGGCCAAGGAAUGUGACCGACCCUGUGUCAACGGCGGCCGCUGCAACCCUGGCACCGGCCAGUGCGUCUGUCCCGCCGGCUGGGUGGGCGAGCAAUGCCAGCACUGCGGGGGCCGCUUCAGACUAACUGGAUCUUCUGGGUUUGUAACAGAUGGACCUGGAAAUUAUAAAUAUAAAACAAAGUGCACAUGGCUCAUUGAAGGACAGCCAAAUAGAAUAAUGAGACUUCGUUUUAAUCAUUUUGCUACAGAGUGUAGUUGGGACCAUUUAUAUGUUUAUGAUGGAGACUCCAUUUACGCACCACUAGUUGCUGCCUUUAGCGGCCUCAUCGUUCCCGAGAGAGAUGGCAACGAGACUGUCCCCGAGGUUGUGGCCACCUCAGGUUAUGCCCUGCUGCAUUUUUUUAGUGAUGCUGCUUAUAAUUUGACUGGAUUUAAUAUCACUUACAAUUUUGACAUGUGUCCGAAUAAUUGCUCAGGCCGAGGAGAAUGUAAGAUCAGUAAUAGCAGCAACACAGUCCAAUGCGAAUGUUCUGAAAACUGGAAAGGUGAAGCCUGCGACAUUCCUCACUGCAUACAGGACUGUGGUUUCCCUGAUCGAGGCAUUUGCAAUUCAAGUGAUGUCAGAGGAUGCUCCUGCUUCCCAGACUGGCAGGGUCCUGGAUGUUCAGUUCCUGUACCAGCUAACCAGUCAUUUUGGACUCGAGAGGAAUAUUCUAACCUAAAGCUUCCCAGAGCCUCUCACAAAGCUGUGGUCAAUGGAAAUAUAAUGUGGAUUGUUGGAGGAUAUAUGUUCAACCACUCAGAUUACAACAUGGUUCUAGCGUAUGACCUUGCUUCUAGGGAGUGGCUUGCCCUGAACCCGUCUGUGAACAAUGUGGUUGUUAGAUACGGUCAUUCUUUAGCAUUAUACAAGGAUAAAAUUUACAUGUACGGAGGAAAGAUUGAUUCAACAGGGAAUGUGACCAAUGAGUUGAGAGUGUUCCAUAUUCAUAACGAAUCAUGGGUGUUGUUGACCCCUAAAGCAAAGGAGCAGUAUGCAGUUGUCGGGCACUCGGCACACAUCGUCACAUUGAAAACUGGCCGAGUGGUCAUGCUGGUCAUCUUUGGUCAUUGCCCUCUCUAUGGCUAUAUAAGCAAUGUACAGGAAUAUGACUUGGCUAAGAACACAUGGAGUAUAUUACAUACCCAGGGUGCCCUUGUCCAAGGGGGCUAUGGCCACAGCAGCGUCUACGACCACAGGACCAGGGCCCUGUACGUUCAUGGAGGCUACAAGGCUUUCAGCGCCAAUAAGUACCGGCUCGCAGAUGAUCUCUACAGAUACGAUGUGGACACCCAGAUGUGGACCAUUCUUAAGGACAGCCGAUUUUUCCGUUACUUGCACACAGCUGUGAUAGUGAGUGGAACCAUGCUGGUGUUUGGAGGAAACACACACAAUGACACGUCCAUGAGCCAUGGUGCCAAAUGCUUCUCUUCAGAUUUCAUGGCUUACGACAUUGCUUGUGACCGCUGGUCAGUGCUUCCUAGACCUGAUCUUCACCAUGAUGUCAACAGAUUUGGCCAUUCGGCAGUCUUACACAACAGCACUAUGUAUGUGUUUGGUGGCUUCAAUAGUCUCCUCCUCAGUGACGUGCUGGUGUUCACCUCGGAACGCUGCGAGGCGCACCGGAGUGAAGCUGCGUGUCUAGCGGCAGGACCCGGCGUCCGGUGCGUGUGGGACACAGCGUCGUCUCAGUGUAUCUCCUGGGAGUUGGCAACUGAAGCCCAAGAGGAAAAGUUAAAAUCAGAAUGUUUUUCCAAAGGAACUCUUGACCAUGAUAGAUGUGACCAGCACACCGAUUGUUACAGCUGCACAGCCAACACCAACGACUGUCACUGGUGCAAUGACCAUUGUGUCCCUGUGAACCACAGCUGCACGGAAGGCCAGAUCUCCAUUUCCAAAUAUGAGAAUUGCCCCAAGGAUAACCCCAUGUACUACUGUAACAAGAAGACCAGCUGCAGGAGCUGUGCCCUGGACCAGAACUGCCAGUGGGAGCCCCGGAAUCAGGAGUGCAUCGCCCUGCCUGAAAAUAUCUGUGGCAUUGGCUGGCAUUUGGUCGGAAACUCGUGUUUGAAAAUUACCACUGCCAAGGAGAAUUACGACAAUGCUAAAUUGUCCUGUAGGAACCACAAUGCCUUUUUGGCUUCUCUUACAACACAGAAGAAGGUAGAAUUUGUCCUUAAGCAGCUGCGAAUAAUGCAGUCAUCACAGAGCAUGUCCAAGCUCACCUUAACCCCGUGGGUUGGCCUUCGGAAGAUCAAUGUGUCCUACUGGUGCUGGGAAGAUAUGUCCCCAUUCACAAAUAGUUUGCUACAGUGGAUGCCAUCUGAGCCCAGUGAUGCUGGAUUCUGUGGAAUCUUGUCAGAACCCAGUACUCGGGGCUUGAAGGCUGCAACCUGCAUCAACCCACUCAAUGGUAGUGUCUGUGAAAGGCCUGCGAACCACAGCGCCAAGCAGUGCCGGACGCCAUGUGCCUUGCGGUCAGCGUGUGGGGAGUGCACCAGUGGCAGCUCGGAGUGCAUGUGGUGCAGCAACAUGAAGCAGUGUGUGGACUCCAACGCCUACGUGGCCUCCUUCCCUUUUGGCCAGUGUAUGGAGUGGUACACCAUGAGCAGCUGCCCCCCUGAGAAUUGUUCAGGCUACUGUACCUGCAGCCAUUGCUUGGAGCAGCCGGGCUGCGGCUGGUGUACUGAUCCCAGCAAUACCGGCAAAGGGAGGUGCAUAGAGGGCUCCUAUAAAGGACCGGUGAAGAUGCCUUCUCAGGCCCCUGCGGGAAGCUCCUACCCGCAGCCCCUUCUCAAUUCCAGCAUGUGCCUGGAGGACAGCAGGUACAACUGGUCUUUCAUUCACUGUCCAGCUUGCCAGUGCAAUGGGCACAGCAAAUGCAUUAAUCAGAGCAUCUGUGAGAAGUGUGAGAACCUGACCACGGGCAAGCACUGUGAGACCUGCAUAUCUGGCUUCUACGGGGAUCCAACCAACGGGGGAAGAUGUCAGCCGUGCAAAUGCAACGGGCACGCAUCGCUCUGCAACACCAACACGGGCAAGUGCUUCUGUACCACCAAGGGCGUCAAGGGGGAUGAGUGCCAGCUAUGUGAAGUAGAAAAUCGAUACCAGGGAAAUCCUCUCAAAGGAACAUGCUAUUAUACCCUUCUUAUUGACUAUCAGUUCACCUUUAGCCUAUCCCAGGAAGAUGACCGCUAUUACACAGCCAUCAAUUUUGUGGCGACACCUGAUGAACAAAACAGGGAUUUGGACAUGUUCAUCAAUGCCUCCAAAAACUUCAACCUCAACAUCACCUGGGCUGCCAGCUUCUCAGCUGGAACCCAGGCUGGAGAAGAGAUGCCUGUUGUUUCAAAAACCAACAUUAAGGAGUACAAAGAUAGCUUCUCUAAUGAGAAAUUUGACUUUCGCAACCACCCAAAUAUCACUUUCUUCGUUUAUGUCAGUAAUUUCACGUGGCCCAUCAAAAUUCAGAUCGCCUUCUCCCAGCACAGCAAUUUUAUGGACCUGGUACAGUUCUUCGUGACUUUCUUCAGUAAGCCAUGGGGUGUCCUCCCCUUUCUACCAUGAAAGGAGAAACCCCUUCCCGAGUGAUGCUGGAGCCAGAUGACCUCGCGUCAAGAUUCAUCCACAUCCUGACGGGCCCGCUUCUGCCUGCUGUAAACUGUAGCCGUUAGUUUCUGGAUGAUGAUGACAUCUCCACCAAGAAGUAACUGCUGUAUCCCUCUAAUCUUAGAGGGAGAGGAAAGAAUCUAAUAAAAGCAUUCAGUGUUUCUGGGGGAAAAAUUAAUUCUAUUUCUAUAUUUCACCAACAAAAAUGAAACUUUUAUGUUUGUGUUACUUCAGCUAAUAAAACUGUUGAAAAUUACAGCAUAACGAGAUCAAGAUAGAAUUACCAAGAAAGGAUGGAGAGGGUGGGGAGACCGUCCACUGGCCCUCCCAGAUAGGAGACACUUCGUCAAGCUACGGUGGUCUGUGUGGCACUGGCACGAAGUCAGAUUAACCAGUGGGAUAUGUACAUGUCCAACGGAAGAGAUAGUUUAAGAGGUUCAGAUUUACAUGAUAAAGAGCUAAAUAGAAAUAAAAAGUAGAUAGUAGUCAACAAGAAGCUAAACGAUCGGUAUAGACUUAAUAGUCACUUGUCACAUGUAGCUCAUGAGCACCUGAAAUGUAGCUGGUGUGACUACAAAACUGACAUUUUCAUUUUAUUUAAUUUUAACUAAUUUUCAAGUAUAAUUUUAUAAGUAUAACUUGAUUCAGUUAGUAGAGAACUUUCAAGUAUGUUUAGAACAACCUGGAUAUGUGAAGCAACUUUUUCAAAUUUAGAUUUUAGGAAAUUUAAAUACAGAUCAAAUACUUUCUGAUAAAAAUUUAGUGUUCAGAUUGAGAUGUGCUUAUUAGUAUUAAAUACACACUGGAUUUUAAAGACUUAGAAUACAAAAUGUCUCAAUUUUUAUAUUGAUGACAUGUUCAAGUGAUAUUUUGGCACUCUUGGGUUAAAUAAAACUAUUUUAUUAAAAUUAA